AAUGAGACAGUGGUGGGGCUCUACCAGAAAUCAGCCCUGAAGCUGUUGGCCAACCUCUUCUCCAACUAUGCUGGGGCAGAUGCCGGUGGUGAUGGAGGGAAGGGGAAAGGAGCCAAGAAGAAAGGUUCCUCCUUUCAGACUGUCUCAGCCCUGCACCGGGAGAACCUUAACAAGCUGAUGGCCAACCUUAAGACCACCCACCCUCAUUUUGUUCGCUGCAUCAUCCCCAAUGAGCGGAAGGAACCAGGUGUGAUGGACAAUCCCCUGGUAAUGCACCAGCUCCGCUGUAAUGGGGUGCUGGAGGGCAUCCGCAUCUGCCGCAAGGGCUUCCCAAACCGCAUCCUCUAUGGGGACUUCCGCCAGCGGUACCGCAUCCUGAACCCCGCUGCCAUCCCCGAGGGGCAGUUCAUCGACAGCCGCAAGGGUGCUGAGAAGCUCCUGGGAUCCAUCGACAUUGACCACAACCAGUAUAAGUUUGGACACACCAAGGUCUUCUUCAAGGCUGGGUUGCUGGGGCUCCUGGAGGAGAUGAGGGAUGAGCGUCUCUCCCGCAUCAUCACCCGCAUCCAGGCUCAGGCCCGAGGUCAGCUCAUGCGCAUUGAGUUCAAGAAGAUCCUGGAGCGCCGGGACUCACUGCUGGUGAUCCAGUGGAACAUCAGGGCCUUCAUGGGGGUGAAGAACUGGCCUUGGAUGAAGCUCUACUUCAAGAUCAAGCCCUUGUUGAAGAGUGCUGAAACAGAGAAGGAGAUGCAGAACAUGAAGGAGGAGUUUGGGCGGCUGAAGGAGGCCCUGGAGAAGUCAGAGACCCGGCGGAAGGAGUUGGAGGAGAAGAUGGUCUCCAUGCUGCAGGAGAAGAAUGACCUUCAGCUCCAAGUGCAGGCUGAGCAGGACAACCUCAAUGAUGCUGAAGAGCGCUGUGACCAGCUGAUCAAGAACAAGAUCCAGCUGGAGGCCAAGGUGAAGGAGCUGACAGAGCGACUGGAGGAUGAGGAAGAGAUGAACGCAGAACUGACAGCUAAAAAGAGGAAGCUGGAGGAUGAGUGCUCAGAGUUGAAAAAGGACAUUGAUGAUCUAGAGCUGACUUUGGCCAAGGUGGAAAAGGAGAAACAUGCCACAGAAAAUAAGGUCAAGAACCUCACAGAGGAGAUGGCCGGGCUGGAUGAGACCAUUGCCAAGUUAACAAAGGAGAAGAAGGCACUGCAAGAAUCUCACCAGCAAACACUCGAUGACCUGCAGGCGGAGGAAGACAAGGUCAACACCUUGACAAAGGCCAAACUCAAGCUGGAACAGCAAGUGGAUGAUCUUGAAGGCUCCCUGGAACAGGAGAAAAAGAUCCGGAUGGACCUGGAACGGGCCAAAAGGAAGCUGGAAGGCGACUUGAAGCUGACCCAGGAGAACAUCAUGGACCUGGAGAAUGACAAGCAGCAGCUGGAGGAGAAGCUCAAGAAGAAAGAGUUUGAGAUCAACCAGCAGAACAGCAAGGUUGAGGAUGAGCAGGCACUGGCCCUGCAGCUCCAGAAGAAGCUGAAAGAGCUGCAGGCACGGAUUGAGGAGCUGGAGGAGGAGCUGGAGGCAGAACGAACGGGCAGGGCCAAGGUGGAGAAGCUACGCUCAGACCUGUCACGGGAGUUGGAGGAGAUCAGUGAGCGUCUGGAGGAGGCAGGUGGUGUCACCUCAGUGCAGAUUGAGCUCAACAAGAAGCGAGAGGCAGAAUUCCAGAAGAUGCGGAGGGACCUGGAGGAGGCCACACUGCAGCAUGAGGCCACAGCUGCUGCGCUGCGCAAGAAGCACGCUGACAGCGUGGCCGAGCUCAGCGAGCAGAUCGACAACCUACAGCGUGUCAAGCAGAAGCUGGAGAAGGAGAAGAGUGAGCUCAAACUGGAGCUGGAUGACCUCAGCUCCAACAUGGAACAGCUGAUCAAGGCCAAGGUGGGUAUGGAGAAGGUCUCUCGCACCAUGGAGGACCAGGCAGCUGAACACCGGGCCAAGUUGGAGGAGACCCAACGAGUCCUCAAUGACACCAGCACCCAACGGGCUAAGCUCCAGACCGAGAAUGGAGAGCUGUCCCGCCAACUGGAGGAGAAGGAGGCCCUUGUCUCCCAACUAACCAGGGGCAAGCAGUCAUAUACCCAGCAGAUGGAGGACCUGAAGAGGCAACUGGAGGAGGAGAUGAAGGCCAAGAAUGCACUGGCCCACACCCUCCAGUCGGCCCGGCAUGACUGUGACCUGCUGCGGGAGCAAUAUGAGGAG